AUGCGCGCCGGCUCCCUUCAGAAUCGCGCCUUUGCGCAGCGCGGGGGCGAGAGGGAGCGCGCGGGGGUUGCGCGAGGCUGGCUCCGUUUUCUGCGUGUGCGCGCGGCGGGGGGGGGGGGCUACGUCUCCUUAGCCAAGCGCGCCAAACCUGAGGGAAAGCGAGAGACGCUGAGCGCGCGCGCGCGCGCCGGAGCCUGA